UUUGGGCAAUUUUUCCCCCCCUUGUAGCCUGAAAACCACUUAGCGUUACCGUUGUGUUUUUUAACGGUGUGAUUUUGAUGUGUUCAGAGUAGAAUAAUGAAGUAUUAACAGUUAAGGCGUUUAAGGUCUAAGUUUGAACCAACAAUUUAACUUUGGAUGGAGUUUAUUGCCGCUCUGUCCAAACUCACUGAGGCUCUGAGGGGGAGCGGAAUUUACCGGUGAACAGGCUGGGAGGGAAGAAAACUGCUAUAGCCCUAAGAAAAGAAACGUGGAGAUUUUUUUUAUAACAGAUUUUUUCAAGAGAAGGCUAUCUUACCCCCCUUCUCCUCCUCUCUGAGCUGAGGAGUAUCUUCAGCCAUGGCGAAAAAGUACGAUUUCCUUUUUAAACUUUUGCUGAUAGGGGACAGCGGAGUGGGUAAAACAUGCCUCAUCAUCCGUUUUGCAGAGGACAAUUUCAACUCCACAUACAUCUCCACCAUUGGGAUUGACUUCAAAGUAAAAACAAUUGACGUGGACGGAAAGAAAGUAAAACUACAAGUCUGGGACACAGCAGGACAAGAGAGGUUCAAAACCAUCACUACAGCAUACUACAGAGGAGCCAUGGGCAUCAUCCUGGUUUACGACAUCACUGACGAGAAGUCCUUUGAAAACAUCCAAAACUGGAUGAAGAGCAUCAAAGAAAAUGCGUCGGCUGGAGUCAGUCAGAUGCUCCUAGGAAAUAAAUGCGACAUUGAAGCGAAACGGAAAGUUUCCAAGGAGACGGGGGAAAAGUUGGCAAAGGAUCAUGGUAUCAGGUUCUUCGAGACCAGUGCAAAGUCCAGCAUUAACGUGGAAGAGUCUUUCUUAGCUUUAGCGAGAGAUAUCCUGCAUAAAUCCACCAAGAAGCCGGGAUCUGCAGGAAAAGUGGUGAAGAUCACCAGCAGUACGGAGAAACAGCGCUCAAAGUGUGCCAUUCUCUAGAAGGGAUAUCCACAAUAUACCACAGACAUUUAAAAGUGCAUUUGUUUUUUAUCAUGAAAAGAUACUACAGCUCUCUGUCACCAUCUGCUGGCUAAAAAGAUAUAAUGCAUAGAGUAUGAUUUUUAUACCUAAACUGUAUUCUGUAUUUCUGUUGAAAUCUUUUAGUUUACAAGAAAUAAAGCAUGUCCAAAUUAAUUUAUUACUCUGACAAUGUAUCUGGGUUUUUUUUUGUUUUGUUUUUUGUGAUAGUUGACACAAAAUUGUCCUGAAAGUGUCCAAAAGCCUGAACCCAUGUUUCGUGUCUCUUGUUUCCAUGCAAAAUCCUUAUAGAUUAUACCCACACUGAUUAUCAUUUGUACACCAGCACUCUUCUAUAAUGUGAUCUUUUAUUAUUUUAAGCACACCCUGUAGCAAGUUUAAGGAGUUUGAUGUGGGAUAUUCUGAAUUAUAGAUCUAUAAAAUAUAAAGGACUCUU